ACUCCACUCGAGAUACAUGCGCAUCUCAACUCGCGGAGUCCAGCAGAUGAUAUUCCGUGGUGGUGGUGCUGCUGCUGCUGCUAGUGUCCGUCUCCCUCCGUCUCGUCGCGCCGCUGUUUUCUCGUCCCGCCGCUCAGCUGCUCACCCAACGGCCGCGAUGGCCGAGGCGCGGGACGACCGCCCCGUGAGGCUGGUGGGCGACGUCCGAGACGCGCCCGGCGGGCGCGAGAACGACCUUGAGGCCAUCGAGCUGGCCCGCUUCGCCGUCGCCGAGCACAAUAGCAAGGCCAACGCGAUGCUGGAGUUCGAGAGGCUGGUGAAGGUGAGGCAGCAGGUGGUGGCCGGGAUCAUGCACUACUUCACCGUCGAGGUGAGGGAGGCAGGCGGCGCCAAGAAGCUGUACGAGGCCAAGGUGUGGGUGAAGGCGUGGGAGAACUUGAAGCAGCUCCAGAGCUUCGAGCCCGCCGGCGAGACCAUGGCCGCCUAAGGUAAGAUCCGCACAGACCCGUCUAGUAGAAGAAAUAGUAGGAAGCCGCCUGCACCGAAACAGUUCAUGUGUCAAAAAAAAAAAUCCCUGUAGUAUUAACACAUGGAGAUCACUGCUCAGGCUUUCCUUGAUGAAUGUAACUGAGCCAGUGGGUGUCCAUGUUUCUGUGUAGUGCGCAAUCUUUCAGGUUAGUUUGGUGCUUUGGUGAGUUGAAAAUCGCAGUACAUGGUAAACAAUAGCUGGAGAAUUAACACAUUGAUGAAAUCACUGCUCAGCCUUUCCUUGAUGGUUGCAACUGGGCCAGUGGAUAUCCAUGUGUCUGUAGUAAGCAGUCUUUCAGGUUAGUUUAGUGCUUUGGUGAGGUAAAAAACGUAAAAUUAUAGAACAAGGUGUGGUAUGCGUACCACCGCACAGGUUUCUUGAUUGGUCGGUGGUUACUAUUCACCAGGAUGAUCUCCUCAGUUGAACCAUUUAUAAUUUCUUCAGU